GCGCGUGGUGGGCUUUGGUGAUUUUCUCUUAAUGAACGAAUUUCCCGGGGAACCCUCCUAGGGCAAAUUGUUAAGCGCAGUGUGGAUCACGUUGAUUCGAAAAUGAAAAGGCCUUUGGAAGGGAGAGGCGACCAGCGCGCACCGGAGAGUGACAUCGAGACCGCUGAUGAGAGGCACGAGGGGAAACACGAGACUGCUCUCGGCGGGAGCUGCGGGGGCGCCCACGUCACGUCACGUCUCCGAGAGGCAGCUCCCCAUCUGGACUGCAGAGAACCACCCGCCCAUGUCCCCAUUCGCCCUAAGGAGGGGCCCUGUACCCCUCCCAGGCGAUGGUCCCCCCAGGACUCGGACUCUGGAGCCGAUGACCAGCCAUCCCAGUUUGCCGGACAGAGAAGUUCUGGCUCCCGGGACUUCGGGCUUAAAACUGGGAGAGUCCCAAGCAACUGGAGACCAGGUGGCCGUGGUUUUUCAAAGUUGCGCUCUGCGACUACAUGGCCAGACGGCCAGCGCUCCGCGGGGACAGACCUUCCGUCCCCUCGUGGUGGAAGCGUCACAGAUGGGGCAGAAAUCAGAGGGACGGAUCAUACGGCGCCUGGAGGUGGUUCGGAUGCGGGCAACCCCACUCCUGCCCUGGUCUCAGACCCUUCCCUGAGACCCUUUCCCUUUUUAUCACCAGCGGCAGCUUCCUGUCCGUUGGAGGAGGAGCCACACCUGGUCUGGGUGACGGUGGCGGCCAUCUCCGUGGAAACCCCGCAGGAAGUUCUCCGGGCUGGCCGAGGAAAGAGCGCCACGCUGCCCUGCACCUACCGCACCUCCACCUCUGACCGGCAAGGGCUGAUUCAGUGGGACAAGCUGCUGCGGAGCCACACGGAAAAGGUGGCCGUGCUGACCAUUCUGGACCACAGUCUCAGCUACGGCGACCAGUACCAGAACCGGGUCAACUUCUCGAGCAAUGCCCAGCAGUCCGACGCCUCCAUCACCAUCCACCAGCUCACCAUGGACGACAACGGCACCUACGAGUGCUCGGUGUCGCUGCUGAAGGACCUGGACGGCACCUCCAAGGGGCGCGUCCGCCUCCUGGUCCUCGUGCCACCCUCCAAGCCAGAGUGCGGCAUCCAGGGAGAGACGGUGAUCGGGAGCGACAUCCAGCUGACCUGCCAGUCGAAGGAGGGCUCCCCGGCCCCGCAGUACAGCUGGAAGAGCUUCAACCUCCAGAACCAGGAGCGGGUGGGCCUGCCAGGCCUGGGGCAGACCUUGACCCUGAAGAACAUCUCCACAGACACCUCGGGCUUCUACGUCUGCACCUCCAGCAACGAGGUGGGGACGGAGUCCUGCAACAUCACGGUGACCGUCAGGCCUCCCUCCAUGAACGUGGCCCUGUACGCGGGCAUUGCUGGUGGCGUGUUGGUGGCCCUCAUCCUCCUCGGAGUCCUGAUCUACUGCUGCUGCUGCCGGUCGAAGGGCGAGGAAGAGGCCAGGCCGAGUCGGUCCAUCUACCGGGAGCCCCAGGAGCAGCUGAGGGACCUGUCGCAAGGGCGGCCGGAGGACGAGGACUCUGAGCGUGGAGGCCCGGGGAGCCGCCGUCACUCCUGAUCACGCUGGCCGAGAGAGACCAGGGCCUGCCGCCAGUCAGGGGUCCCUCCCCCGCCCCCCCGCCCCCCCGCCCCCACUCCAGCCCACUUUCCUGAGCCUCCCCCCGGGUACUGACGGUACUUCUGUCCCCUGGGUCAUCAGUGGGGGCCCAGCUGGGCCUGGCUGAGCGGCUGUCACCUGCCAAGGGAGCCCUCCCCACGGCUGGGCCUACGGGGACCGCGCUGUGCCCAGCGCAGGGGCAGUGCCUGGCGGAGGGUUUUGUUGAAUGAAUGAGUGAGUGAAUGAAUGAAUGAGCACAGAAAGGGUUCCCUGUCAUCAUCCAACUCAGGUGCCAACUCCUUGCCCCGGGCCCACCUGACCUCGAGCUCGCUUUCCAGCCUCUCCCCCGCCCCCCCCACACUGGACUCCCCUCAUGGUCGGGCACUGCGGGCGAGGGCCACCACCGGCCCCGCCGCGCCCUCCCGCGUGGCUGCCCACGGGGCGUCUAUCACUGCCUGUCACACCCCAACCGUCCCUCCAAGCCCGUCUCGAUCCCCGGUGAGUCCUCUGGCUCCGCCCGGGUGUCCCGCCCCCAUCACUGGCCACAGCGCACGGUUACCCAGCCCGUCUCUCCGUGUUAGAAGCUCAGCUCCCCGGGGCCGGCCCAGCCUCACCCCUGCUUCGACGGGCGGGGCCUGCCUCUCGCCGGUCUCCCUGCCGCAGCCGUGGGCACCAAGGGGACUCCCACCCAAACGCACCCGCCCCUUUGGUGAAUUACAGUGACUUGAUUUAAAUGUCACAAGGCAGAGAAUGUCACAGUGAUGCUCUUGAGGCCCCAGUAACCGCCGUGCCCACCCUGUUCCCGACCCCUAACCCUGCCCCACCCACCCGCUCCUGGCAAGCUCCUGGCUCUGCCUUGCUGGCUGGGGGUCGUGCUGCCCCUCCGACAGCCCCUCCCCCUCAGUGGGCUGUUUCCUCCCCCUAGGAGCGCAGGCCUAGGCCUCGGGCCGUAGCCAGUCUCGUGCAAAUGCUGUUAGCUGUUAAAGAAACAGUGUCUUUCCUGAAUGAUCAGAAAAGGGAUCUUUAAAGCCUACUGUCCAUGUGUGAUAAAAAAUAUCUUUUACAUAUUUGUUCAACUCUUCGCUUCAUUCAAAGUGCUGUCAAUAAUAAAAAUAAAGUGGUCAGUGGAAA